AUGAUCUACAAUCGUGAAAAUAAUGAGUGGAUUCAACGACCAUCAUCUGCGCAAGGUAAUCUUCAGAGUCAUCCAUGUUUUCAGUCCAGCCUUCUGGAUGAUGGACACGCACCCGGAAGUGUCGAAGUGUGGAAAAAGUCUUCAUCUUCCCAUCGACCACAACUUCGAAUGACAAAUGUCGAUCGAGAUGCAGAAGAUUAUGAUCAGAAUCUCGAAGCCAAAGCCUAUUUUCAAUCUUUCAAACAUCUGAGACGACUGACGAUCUCUNAGGUGUUCGAACAUUUGAUCUGUGCACGGAAAAGAAUGUUCUUGUGA